AAAGCAAAUAAAUCAUACGCAACAUGGCAAAAGUCACAGAAUUAAAGCCACGCCUCAUGGCCGAACCGUUGCACAUACAGCGACUCGAGGCAGCAUUAAAUAUGCGUCCGUUUAUGGAGAUGGCCCGCCAGGCGCUCAAGCAGCCAUUGAGCAGUGGAAGCGGUGAAGAUAGUGCUACCGAGCUGGAGUGUAACCAGGAGGCCUGCGUUGAUUCUGACGACUCCUCCACUAGGGUGGGCGUGGUAAGGAUGAAGUUAAAAAAGAAACGUCGCAACCGUCUCCUGGGCAGCAAAGAGGAGCGACAGAGCGUCAAGACGCAGAUAUACAACUUCAAUGAUCUGACAAGCGAUCGGGAAUGGCUCUACGAUAUAAUACUCAGCGACACGGAGAGCGAGGAGCAGGUUAGCGAUGAAGAUGAGUACAUUAAUCAAAUGCUUCGCGAGCAUCUGCAAGAACAACGCCAGCGGAAGAACUACUACAAGAAGGCCACAAACGCUCAAUAUGCCUAUUAUGGCAGUGGCCUACUGUCCAAUCAUGACGUUUAUGCGGAACGCCAGCAGGCCACAGUUGGCGUGCGCAAGCGCCGGCGUCGCACCAAGCAGGAGAUACUUUUGGCACGUUUGGCUGAGGCGCAGGCGGGCCCCAAACCGGUUAAACAGCGACGACGCGGGCGCAAGAAGCGCACGACUUUAGACUCGCCGGAAUCUGGCGAGGUGCCGCCCUCGGAGCUGGGCAAGUACAGUUUUGGUGACACGCUGCCCGCCAACGAUGAGGAUGAUGAGGAUAACGGUGAGGUGGAUUACAAGCGGGAACUGGCCAACCUGGCUCUGGAUUUUCCAGAGGAGGAAGAAGAAAUCGAGGAGGAGGUGGAUGUAGUUGGUGCGGCCGAUGGUCAAGUGACACGUGUUCGUCGUCGUCGCAAGAAUCCCGAAGUAUUGGCUGCACGCCGUCGCCGUAUCUGGCAAAUAAUGUCCAAAAAGGAGUCUGGCCGGCUGCAGCGCAUCAAGAGCAACAACCACAAAGAGAUGCUGGCCAACUGCAAGCGCGUGGCCGGCAUGUGCGCAAAGGUUGUGCGCCAGCGUGCACUCAACUCGCAGCGUAUCAUGAAGGAAACAGUAUGGCGUGCCAAGCGUCUUACUCGCGAAAUGCUCACCUAUUGGAAGCGUUAUGAGCGGGUAGAACGCGACCAGCGUCGCAAACAGGAACGCGAGGCCGAAGAGCAACGCAAACAAGAUGUGGAGCUCAUUGAGGUGAAGCGCCAGCAGCGCAAACUUAACUUCUUAAUUACCCAAACGGAGCUAUACGCUCACUUUAUGUCCAAGAAACUGGGCCAGGGAACAGAGGCGGAUCAGCUGCGCAUACUCAGUCAACUGGACGAGGAGCACAACGCGCGUCUGGCAGCCCACGAUGAUUACGACGCGGGCGAAAUGAAGCAGCUGGCGCAGGCCAAUGCAGAGGCAGCGUUGCAGCGCGAUUUGGACAAAACGCGCGCCUUUGAUGUACCCUUUAAGAAGGAGCAGAUAAUGGAACAGCUGCAAGAGCUAGAUCAGCCGCAGUCGGAGCGUGAACAAAUGAAGGAUCUGCCGCAACCCAAUAUGUUUAAGGGCACACUUAAAGGCUAUCAAAUCAAGGGCAUGACUUGGCUUGCUAAUAUCUACGAUCAGGGGAUCAGUGGAAUUCUGGCCGAUGAGAUGGGCCUGGGAAAGACUGUUCAAUCGAUUGCGUUUCUAUGCCACAUUGCGGAGCACUACGGAGUGUGGGGCCCGUUUCUGGUUAUCUCGCCCGCCUCGACCCUGCAUAACUGGCAGCAGGAGAUGGCACGUUUUGUGCCCGACUUCAAUGUGGUGCCCUACUGGGGAUCACCCAAUGAGCGGAAAAUUUUGCGCCAGUUCUGGGAGCAAAAGCACCUGCACACACGGGAGGCCAGCUUCCACGUGGUGAUUACAUCGUACCAGCUGGUUGUCAGCGACUACAAGUAUUUUAAUCGCAUUAAGUGGCAGUACAUGGUGCUGGACGAGGCACAAGCCAUCAAGAGUGCCGCCUCACAGCGUUGGAAGCUCUUGCUAGGCUUCAAUUGUCGCAAUCGUUUGCUGCUAAGCGGCACGCCCAUUCAAAAUAGCAUGGCUGAGCUGUGGGCGUUACUGCACUUCAUAAUGCCCACACUGUUUGAUUCGCAUGACGAAUUUAACGAGUGGUUUUCCAAGGACAUUGAAUCGCAUGCGGAGAACAAGACGGGCAUAGACGAGCGUCAAAUAUCUCGCCUGCACAUGAUAUUGAAGCCUUUUAUGCUGCGGCGCAUUAAGAAAGAUGUGGAGAACGAACUGUCCGAUAAGAUUGAGAUUAUGGUAUAUUGCCCGCUAACAAUACGUCAGAAGCUGCUUUACAGGGCGCUAAAGCAAAAAAUACGCAUCGAGGAUCUGCUACAUGUUGCUAACGGCGGCUCAUCAAGUUCUGCGUCAGCGGAUGGCUCUAUUUUGGAUCGCAACUUUACCUCGAACCUCAUGAAUCUGGUCAUGCAGUUCCGCAAAGUCUGCAAUCACCCAGAGCUCUUUGAGCGACGAGAUGCAAAGAGUCCGUUCAGCAUGCGCUGUGCCGAGUUUGUUCUACCGCGCUUGGUCUUUAAUGAUGGCCUUCUUCAAAGCGCUUUGCCGAGUCGCAGGCACCUCGUGUAUAACCGGUUAGUAGUUGUUGAUCGUGGACUAGCAUUUCAUUUAAUAUUAUUCCUUUACAGCUUCAACAUAUUCAAGGCGGCGCACAUGCAAGGAUCCCUGUUCGACGAUGUGCACGUUAAUAGUUGCUUCGGUUUUACCCGUCUGUGUGACUUAUCCUUGUCCGACAUGGAGGAUGUGACCUGGCACGGACUUAUAGAUUUCUUGUUGCACUAUCGUCGCGUGCUUGCCAGGCAACCACUACUUUCCUAUCGACGUCAGUGGUGGCCAUAUCAACUUGCUUCCCGUUACCAACUAUUGGAACCAGUUCUGGAGCGCAAACUUGUGCCGGAUUAUUUACUUACAAACAGUGUGCUAAGGGAAUUCAUUUUUACAGCAAUGACAUCUCGCGAGAGCAGCGUUUAUGCUUUUGGUGAUUAUAUCACUGUCAACAUGCAGGAAACGAUCGAGCACCGUGUGACACGCUCCAAAAUACUCAAGGAGAAGGCUGGACUCAUCGAGACGCUCGUCGAUGCUGAUGGUCAAUCGGAGACAAAGGCUGAGCCGAGUAUAAAGCAGGAGCUAGAGCUGGAAUCUGUGGAGGUGCAGACCAAAUCGAAUACUAAGAGCGAUGUCAAGAUGACUACGUUGCAUUUGCUGCCCGAGUUUCCGCAUCGUCCGCGCAAGCCGCAACGCUAUCAAUGCGAGCCGCUGCAGAUGCCACGCUUCCUCUACGGGCUGGGUCAGCGUGUUCAGGCCGUCGAUAGGCAUUUAUAUUGCGAAAGUCGCGCCGCUGCCUGGACGCACAUUCGCCACCUGCAGUGCGAGAACAGCGUUGGCAGAGAGCUUGUGGGCACUGGCUUGGCGCUGUGCAAGCCGCGUAGCGGCUGGUCGUCGAUUGUGGUCCCUGAUAAGGAGACACUCAUAACGGAUGCGGGCAAACUGUUUGUGCUGGACAGUCUACUGACGCGCCUCAAGGCCGAGGGUCAUCGUGUGCUCAUCUACUCACAAAUGACCAAAAUGAUUGAUCUAUUAGAGGAGUAUAUGUGGCAUCGCAAACAUCGUUAUAUGCGCCUCGAUGGCUCUAGCAAGAUCUCAGCUCGUCGCGACAUGGUCGCUGAUUUCCAAACCCGUGCCGAUAUAUUUGUUUUUCUACUUUCGACGCGCGCCGGCGGCUUGGGUAUUAAUUUGACAGCAGCCGAUACGGUUAUCUUCUACGAUUCGGAUUGGAAUCCCACCGUUGACCAACAGGCCAUGGAUCGAGCGCAUCGCCUGGGCCAAACCAAACAGGUGACAGUCUAUCGACUCAUCUGUAAGGGCACCAUCGAGGAGCGAAUUCUACAGCGGGCACGGGAAAAGAGCGAGAUACAACGUAUGGUUAUAAGUGGCGGCAAUUUCAAGCCCGACACACUCAAGCCCAAAGAGGUCGUCUCAUUGCUCUUAGAUGAUGAGGAAAUUGAAAUGAAAUAUCGCCAGGAAGUCAAGCAGCAGGUAAAAGAAGAUAUAUCCUCCUCCUCCUCCCCUAUAACAACAGCAACCGCGAGAACAUCAACGCCAGCUGCAACUGCGAGUGAACGUAAGCGACGCAGGCCAAAUAAGGAGGCUAAUAUGGGCGGAAUUACGAUUCCGGCAAAUGAAGAAGAUGGAGACCGAUGCAGCUCAGCUGCCAAGCGCAUCAAACAGGAGGUGGACGAGAUCUCCAUUGACGUAGCCAUUGCCUCCUCCUCAUCCAGCGCCGGCACUGAUAGCAAUAACCACCAAAUCAGCCAAGAGACUUAUGUGCCCGGUGCGAUGCGUGUGCAGAAACAAGCACAGCAGCAACAUCAUCAGCAGCCACAACUUGACGACGAUUCCGAUAAUGAGGCUUUGGUAGUGGAUGGUGAUAGUCCGACAGCGAUGUCCCAAACAGAAUCGACGAACUUCCUGGGCGAUUUUGGCAGCAUGUCGAUGCGGCGGCGGCACCACCCGCGUGGCACUAAACGCGGCCGACCACGUGGCAGCACAAGACGCGGCGGUGGCCAUGGAUCGCUGCAGCGCGUGCCGACGCCGACAUCGCCAGCGGUUGGAGCGUUGAUGGCAACUGCAACGACCACAUCGCCGUUACCACAGCAGGAAGCAGGCGGCGGCGAGGCUGCAAGUGGCCUGCCCCUGCCAGCGCACGAGGAAGAAACAAAUCCCGCUCCCAGCGGUCUCGUCAGCACAAUGGGCACACCGAGCGCUUCCAUGGCCAAGCGCGGACCAGGACGUCCCCGCUCCAAGACAGCGACGCCUGUUAGUCGUGGAUCACGCGGCGCACCACGGGCACGCCGGCCAAUGGGGCCGCUGCUUGUGCCGCUUGGGCGCAGUCCAGAUGCCACACCCCCAGGAAGCAGUCCGGCCACAAGUCGUGCGCCCAGUCCGACAACGCAUGGAGAACGCGGCGCUGGAACACUCGAUUAACUUUAACAAUUCCAUUGCAAGCUAAUAAAAAAGGAGCAAAGCCCUUAUGUGAUGAUGCAGUUGGUGUCAAUAGCAUUUACUGGCCACAGCUUAUACUGAAAAGUGUUAACUCAUGACAAAUCUAAU